CGCCUGAGCAAUGAGGUAAUCGGGGUAAACAGUAAAGAUGGCGACUUCUGUAGCCGAAGAGGGGCAACGAAGUUUAAAUGGGAUUAUUUCCGACACGCAAACAAAAAAGAUGACCGACCUGCCGACCGAGUUACUCGAACACAUCCUGUGCUUCCCUGUCCUCAAACAUGACGACAUUUGCAACGUGUCCUGCUGCUGCAAGCGGCUACACGACGUGUGCCACGGAAGGGGGAAGGUCUGGGGACACCAGUACAAACUGAGAUGGCCGAGACUGCAGAUGUUUUACCGUCAGAAUGAGUGCUGUGACUGGCUCAGGGAAUACAAGACGCGCCACCGGGUCGGUAUACAAAUACGAAGGACCGUGGAAUCAAUCUCCAGGAGAUUCUUCACAGAAGUCCCUUGCGUUGGCCAGGUGCUGGGUGACAGCUUUGCAGAGAUCGAGUCGCUCGGGAUGCCGGAGCACUUCUGCGAAGACGAGCUCCUCUUCAUACUCAACUCUGACAAGAGGAAAAGCUUGACCCUGAAGUACUAUGCAAAGAAGAUCCUUUACUUCCUGAGACAACAGAACAUCCUGAGGAGUUUGAAGACUUUCAUGGAGCAGCCUGCAGAUCAGCAGUCGUCUUUGGAAGGUGCUGUACUGGUUGAUCAGUAUUGUAACCCCCUCGCUGACGUAACACUGAACAGCAUAUCCGCCCAGCUGGACGAGAUCGCCGAGAAGGUGAAGAAGAUGCUGAGGAUCAAGAACCCCUCUCACCCCAGCCUGCGCAUCGCUCAAGGAGACUGUUCAGUCGUGCAGGACUUUGAGCUGCAGAGGCAGGUGGUGUGCGCCCUAAACUCUGUCUUGUAUGAGCAGCUUCAGUACAAAGGCAACGAGUUUGACUACUACAACCCUCUGAACUCUUACAUCCACCAGGUGCUACUACGCCGCACAGGCAUUCCCAUAAGCCUCUCUGUCCUCUACAUCAAUCUAACCCGAAAGCUUGGCGUUCAGCUGGAACCCGUCAACUUUCCGAAUCACUUCCUGUUGCGCUGGUGCCAAAAACCAAAAGGGAGUGAGGACAUCUAUGACUUUGUGUACAUUGAUGCCUUUGGUAAAGGCAAACAGCUGACAGCCAAAGAGUGCGAGUACCUCAUCGGCCACCAGGUGACGGCAGAUUACUACAGUGCCAUCAGCACCACCGAGGUGCUGCUCAGGAUGGUGGGAAACCUGCUGAACAUCGGUAAACGAGGGGAGGGCAAUGAGAAAUCCUACCAGCUGCUGAGAGACUCUCUGGACCUCUACCUAACUAUAAACCCAGAUAACGUGCAGUACCUGCUGCUGCAGGCACGCCUCUACUUCCAUCUGGGCAUCUGGCCAGAAAAGGUGCUUGACAUCCUGCAGCACAUCCAGGCGUUGGAUCCCUCCCAGCACGGGGCGGUGGGCUACCUGGUGCAGCACACGCUGGAGCACAUCCAGCACAAGAAGCACCCGGCGACACCCGAGGUGAAGAAGCGCAGCGCGCCGGAACACCUGGAGGUCCAGUAUUCCGUGGGCCUCAUCAUGAAACACAAGAGGUCGGGUUACAAUUGUGUGAUCUACGGCUGGGACCCGAAGUGCACCAUGAGCCAGGAGUGGAUCACCACCAUGAGGGUCCACCAGCUGUCCAACGGGGCCAACCAGCCUUUCUACAACGUCCUCGUGCAGGACGGCACGUGCCGCUACGCAGCACAAGAGAACCUGGAGCCGCACUCGGCGCCGCUGGAGAUCGGCCACCCGGAGGUGGGCCGUUACUUCUCCGAGUUCGCCGCCACCUACUACUUUGCCAACGACGAGCUGCAGACACGAUACCCGGAGGACGUCGUGGAAACUCUGGGCACGGUGCAGGAGCUCUACCACAGACUGACGCCCGGGGACGCGAACCCGGACCGGGCCUCCGCCGCGGACCAAAACAAUCACCGCGCCGCGCCCGUGUAGCAGGGUCGCCGAUGGCCUGGCCACCCAUUCUCAAUUCGCAGUCCACGCAACGGGAUGUGUGCAGCGGAACAGUAUCAGUUUGAAGAGCCAGUGGGCAGUAUUCUCAGACGCCGCUGAAUACGGGUUCACAAAUGUGAGUCAGGAAAAGAAACUUCUGGGAAAGAAGCGUUGAAAAAGUCAAAAUCACGCGGCUGAGAUUGUUUACUGUUUCGAUGCACACGUCUGAUACCGCCGUGUGUUGGUUGUGAAAACGAAGGCCUGACUUUAGAGGGACACGGCCUAGACGAGGGAUGCGCAGAUGCAAUAAUGCAGUUCAGGAGAAGACGAAAACACAGCUGGAAGACGAAAAAGAAGAAGAAAAAAAAGUGUCGUCUUGGACACACAGUUAAGUGGACGAGUAAAUUGAGGAUGGGUGUCCACGUGUUGUACAUCUUCCCCUUUUACCUGAAUCCACGGAAUGCUCCUUUAGCCAGAGCUCCGCAACCCUCCACCACAACUCCCCGCUCCCAACACCAGUGAAAUAAGCCCCCCAGCAUACGACCCGAACCCCCCAGUUGCAGUGCCACACUUAAGACUGUACAGGAGAUACUUUGUAAAUUUACUUCUACUUUUAAUUCCCCACCGUUUUCCUCACGUUUAAUGCACUUACGAAAGUUCAACUUUCUCAUUUGUAGAUUAGCUUGUUUGGUUUUUUUUCCCGCGUAUUUACAAGCAACAAAAGAGGAACCCAAUAACUCAAAAGCAGAAAUGAAUCGCAGCUAUGAGGAAGUUACCAAAACAAUAAAGCGUUUCAACUUUUAA